AUGAACAACUUACCACAGUCGACAGAGCAGGAUGCCACUGUCAAUGUUACCGACAGCGGGGAGAAAACAAAGCUCAUCACAUUACCACCAAAAAAGUAUUUAUUCUCGCACAGCUUGCCUACUGGACUGACGCCCAUUCGAGCGAUCGACGAAAAGUACAUCCAGGAUAAAGAAGUUGAUAAUCAAAAAGAGGAGAGCUGCAGAAAAAAAAAAUUUGAAAAAGAAGUCUCUAUGGUUCCCGGGGAAGUGCCAGACAAGUCGACGGGCCUGAUCUUGCCGUCAAUCAUUCCACUCGGUCCAUGCAUCACGACACCAAAAUUCAAACCUAAGCUGCGCGAGUGCCCUAACAAACGAGAGAGGACCUGCCCGCUUUCCGUUAAAGAAAAGGAAGACAUUAUUCUGAAAAAAAUCGUUUGCGAUACUGAGAACGUUUUGUUGGAGUUAUUGCUGCCUGGUUUUAAGGGGCUUGACGAAAAGCUCACAAAAUGUUUGAGUUACAUCCUGGACGAAAGAACCGCAAAACCCAACAACCCAAUGGCAAAGCGCAAGAGUGUCAUCGACAACAAAGACAAUCGCAACUCCAGCCCCAUCGUGGCUAAUGAUGCAAGAGAAGCAGCCCGAGAAAGAAUCGAGAGGAUCUGCAAGUGCGACCGAAUCUUGUCCGAUACUGAUUCCGACAUAGUUCAGUUCGCGAACAUCGGAAAAUUCAACAGUGACAAUGGCAUCUUCCAUCAGAGCGAGGAUUGCAGAGCAGACCUCGAAGAAGAGUACCUGAGGGUUAUGGAAAAACUGAAUUUAGCCGACGAUACGCUUUCGUUGACUAAAAUCGAGACUACACUCCCACAAUGCAUGAAGUACGGAAUACGCUCGGGAUCGACUCAUAUGAACAUGCAAAAGUUUUCGCCUCUGUCGCGAGGGUAUCAGGGCCCAGCCGCAGCCGUGGCAGCGAUUGCGACCUCCCGGCUGGUGGAGCCACCUUGCUGGAACGAGGUUUUAAUUGACCGCGUGGUGGAGGACGGGGACACCUACUUCGGCGAGUCCUACAAACUCAUCACGACGAGUGACCGGAAAACAGUAACUUUGCGGGAUCUGAAGCGUGUGCUUGACAUCAAAGGGAGCCACCGGGUGACCAUAAGAGUAGACGACCCUAUCUACGUUGGCACUUUCAAGUCCGAGUCACCCCGGGAGCUCCACGUAGCUGUAGCGCUGCAACGGUUCUUUGAGACCUACGACGCCGGCAUCCUUACGUCACCCGUCCUCAACGUUGCUCUGUGGAAGGGUCCGAAUUAUUACUAUCUCUUCGACGCCCAGCCAAGACUCGACAGCUGCGACGUUGCAGAGCCCGACGAAGAGGAGGGCGCGGCCAAGCUUAUCAUCUUGGAAAAUCUGGCUGGAGUCCUAUUUGUCAUUCUCGAAAAGAGCGGACUUAUCGGCACCGAGCCUUUUGUCCUGUACGGUCUCGGGAUCGAAAGCGUGGAGAAGCUCUCCGAUGUGCCUGACGAGCCCUCUGGUGUAGCUAAAGAGCCCCAGCCCCGGCCGAAUGGCUACCUGGUCAGGGAGAAGUACCGUGCGGUCGUUCGAGGCUCACUUCACCUCCAGCACCCUCAGCUGCCUGAACAAUUCCACGGUCACGGCCACCUUGUCCUUGCCGUGGCAGCUCUGGUUUACUCGAAGCUGCUGUACUCUAGGAAGUGGACAAGCACCGUUCUCGACUUAAUUUUCAAUCAGUCACACGUGUAUUUGACUGACUUGGCAAGGGUUCUCGGCAAGCCACUGACCGAGUCCUUUGCGCUGAGAAUCGACGAGCUCCUUUGCGACUUUGUCCUUGGCGUAUACGUGGCGAAGAUCAAGGUGCGCGAGAACGUGGUGCCGGGCCAGGGUAAGAAGGGCAAGGCAGCCUUAAACUCGGGUCUGCGUGACUUUUUCGAGCACGAGGUGGCUGGCGUGCUCGAGAUCAAAAAGACCUUUUUUGCCAUCUGGAGUGAGGACGACAAGUACUAUCUCUUUGACCCAUUUGGUUGCGACAGCGACGGUUUCCGUGUUGUCGGUGACCCUAAGGAUCCCGACAGUAUGAAAAGCUACGCCACGGCCGUGGCCUGCGUCACGAUGAACGCCUCGAUAGACCAGCUGGUGGAAGUGAUACUUGAGAACACGGAGAGCAAGGACAAGGAUCCCUUUAUUAUCCACGGGCUUGACAUCCUCUACGUCAAGACAAGCCCAGACGACAAGGUGGUCUACCGACAAAAAGGGGUUAAUCGCCGACCGCCUCCUCCAACGCCGGAUCCAGCCGAAGUGGACGAAUGCUUGAAACCAGAGGAUGGACUGCCCCGACCACGGAACGAGGGUCAGACAGUGCGCAGCGAGAGGGUCCAGUUCCCAGAGACGAUGCACCAAGUUGAAAGGUUUGUCGACACCUACUGCCCGUAUCGCGAGGACCAGGACAGUUCUGACACUACCACAGGGUACAAGAUCGUCAGCCCCCACAGGCUAGCACUGCACGGAACCCAAAACUGCCUCAGCACGGAGUUUAUUGAGUCCAGCCGGGGAAGACAGGGCUUGGUGAUAGCUUUGGCUGCGAUUGCAAGGGCAAAGCUGCUAAACCCAGCCAGCUGGUCGAGCGCUGACCUCGACUUGUUGAUCAAGGAUGCUAAUGUAGCCUACGAGCGGGUGGUUUUCUGGAUACGUGGAGGUGGGGAUGAGAAGCCCUUCGAUAGCCAAACAAUUGCCGAGAGCCUGCAUGCGUCGGAGAAGUCAAGGAGCAUCCUCGCACUUGGACUGGACCACAUGGAUCUUUCCAUGCUACCUAAUACGAUAGACAUCGGCGAGGCUGAUGUUACAGUGGCGUAUAGGAUGCGGGUCGUCGAGGGUGAGUGCAACCCACUGGCGAAUCUUGGAGAAGCCCUGGAACGCUACUUCGAGAUGUUCGAUGAGCUGAUUAUAGAGAACGCGAGGCUGUUCUACGGCGUUUGGCUGGAGGAGAAGAAAUACUUUACCUUUAAUCCCUACGGUGACGAUGGUUGUGGCUGGCGGGACAACCUAGGACCUUCCACUCUUGUGGUCGUUGAUAGCGUGGUAGAGCUUGUCAACUUUCUUUAUGGCGUGUUCGAGUUCAACGACUACCACUUUGCCCUACACUACGUGAAGCUGUCAGUGCACUCAGUUGGUGAGGCUGAAAGCGAGGCGCCCGAAGACCUGUCCAAUGACAUUUUAGAACUCGAGCCAUUUGAAAAGUACGUGACCAAGUUCUUGCCGGUUACCGACGCUGAUCUCCGCGAAAUCCAGGGUGGCCGGAAGGGAAGAAAGAGCUCGAACGUGCAUGGCGAAGAUUGGAACGACGGCGAAGAUGGUGAUGGAGCGAACGAAGAAGAGGAGGUGCAAUGCGUGAAGGACUACUCUUACCGACGGAGGUCGUCAGCCGCCGCCGAAGAUAGUUUGUGCUCGGGAGAAAGUGAGAAGGAACUGGAAAGACAGUUUGAUGAUCUGAUGAAUCUAUUCUGUAGACCUAAGGAGCCCCAACAGCUAGACCCACCGACGAGGUUGAACCUUUCUCUUAUCACGGGCGUCGUGAAAGUUCAGGGUGACAACGAGAGCGUGAAAUACAAUCGGGCUCUUGACGUGUUUUACGAAAAGUUAAAGUACAGGCAAACUCCGCCCUUCGUCACGCCACCCCAGAAGAACUUGUGCGAGCUCUUGGACGCCAAAGCGGCCGUAAAAUCAAUGCACUCUCUCUUAUCAAGGUUCUCGAUCGAUUCGAGACUGGCAAUUAAGGAGAUGAACAACUUACCACAGUCGACAGAGCAGGAUGCCACUGUCAAUGUUACCGACAGCGGGGAGAAAACAAAGCUCAUCACAUUACCACCAAAAAAGUAUUUAUUCUCGCACAGCUUGCCUACUGGACUGACGCCCAUUCGAGCGAUCGACGAAAAGUACAUCCAGGAUAAAGAAGUUGAUAAUCAAAAAGAGGAGAGCUGCAGAAAAAAAAAAUUUGAAAAAGAAGUCUCUAUGGUUCCCGGGGAAGUGCCAGACAAGUCGACGGGCCUGAUCUUGCCGUCAAUCAUUCCACUCGGUCCAUGCAUCACGACACCAAAAUUCAAACCUAAGCUGCGCGAGUGCCCUAACAAACGAGAGAGGACCUGCCCGCUUUCCGUUAAAGAAAAGGAAGACAUUAUUCUGAAAAAAAUCGUUUGCGAUACUGAGAACGUUUUGUUGGAGUUAUUGCUGCCUGGUUUUAAGGGGCUUGACGAAAAGACACCCAACGAAGAACCAAGCGAGAUCAUGGAAAAGAAAACCACUGUUGCUCAAGCAGAGGACGGAUUACCACUUGACCCCGAGCCAUGUGGCUUCUCUACAACGGACAAUGAAGAAAUCGGUGUGAUAAGAGCAAGCAUGUCCCUAGAAGACCGGGAGACGAGGGAAGAAGGGCACUACAAGUCGUGCUACUUUGCAGCUAUGAUCUGCAUCCUUGCGAAAAUCAACAUGGAAAUCUACGAUUUUCGCAGCACCGUACUCGACCGCUUCAUCUUCGCUGCCAACAAAAUCGGCAGCUGCACGUGCAAGCUGCGCUACAAGAUAACGCGAUUGUUCCGGAAUUACCACGUCCUUGAUGUGCGCUACAACGUCAUCGUCAAACAAGUCCGCUACGCCGAUCCAGAAAACCACGAGCCCGACUCGCUCAAAAAAGUGUUGAUGUCGUUCUUCUGCAAACACCAAACCGGAAUAUUGGUCUUUGGAAACGUGGCCUACGCCUUUUGGCUGGCCAAUGGGAUAUUUUACCUGUUCGACCCUUACUCCUGUGACGAAAAUGGCCAGGCAAGCGAGGGCGGCGGGGCUUGUCUCAUGAAGAUCUGCAAGUUCGGAGCGUUUGUCAAUCGGAUCGUCGAGAACACCGGGGAGUCCUCUGGAAAGCCUUACAGAAUCUACACUCUCUCGAUCUGCCACCUCGAGCAGAAAAAGAAGAAGCGCAGAGUCAAAAAAAAGAGGCGAACCAAGUCUUGCAAAGAAAAGCAAGAGCAGGAUGCCGAGGCGAUUCAGGAUUGUGAGCGAUCCGAGGACGAAGACCUAGAGUCCGAAGCCGAGUCCCUGAUCGAGCUUGCUGAUUGGACGAAGGAAAAGCCCGAAAUGCCGUCGUUAGACACGAAACCACCUGGUUUCUUACCUGUUAGAAACUGCAACGCAUCGGUGAUAGAAGUGGAAGUCUUGGAAAACGACAUCACCCGGCCGGUCUUGGCUCCCUUCAAAAACAGUGACAUCGCCGCCAGUCCACUGGAAAGAUGUGUACUCUACGACCGGAAAUUCUCCGAGGACUCGGUUGUAGCCGAGCCAAUGGACCUGUGCGUGAUGGCUUGGUCCCAGAUUUAUGAGCCCCCCGUAUGGAGCGUCCAGACGAUUCGAGCUCUGUACGAGGCCAGUAGGGAGUACACUCUGAAUAGUAUAUUCGCUUCCGAGGACACUACGAUACCCCAAAUGUGGGACGGUCUGUUGACGGAGUUCGGCGUUGCGAAUUACAGCUUCCGGGUGGCAUUUGCACCGGUGCACUUUGGCAACCUGUACGUGACCGAGGGCUGGAACUUGGCCAUGUCAUUGGAGAAAAUAUUCGAAUCUCCGUGCUACUCUGGGGCGAUUCUUGUUUGUGGAAGCGCCCACGUUGGAGUGAUGAAAAAGAAUGCGAAAUUGUAUGCCUGGUGGUUCGUUAGGACAACGAAGAACAUCAGGAUCAUUGUGUCUGAAGACAUGGAGGAUUAUCUGAAGCUCAUAAUCAAGGAGAUAAACGAGCCAAAGGAGACAGCAUUUGCUAUACGAAUGGUCACAAUAUCAUACGCAAAGAUGAUUGGACCAAAUUGCAGUGAUCUCGAAGGUCUGCACGAGUCCAUGAUGCCAUCUACCUCCGUUCCUCAAAUCCAUACAAAAGAUAAAGAAGUUUUGGAUUCUUAUGCAAUAUUCCGACCAAUAAACAAAUGCAAAGCACCCGUUUUUAUACUCGGAUCCGUUGCUUUGAGUAACAGAGACUCCGUUAAAGAACCAAAUGUUAAAAGAUGCUACUUUGCUGCUCUCCUCUCCGUAGUAAUGAAAAGAGACAUCAUUCAGAAUCCACUGCCAGAAAUGGUCGACAAAAUUCUACAAUUCGCUGACAGCAUGUACAAAUUGUUCGAGAAGCCCAAGUACCAUACCGAGCAUGUACUAAAGGACGUCACCGUAAACGAUCGAGUCUUUGACCUACGUGACUGCACGUCUGACCUCACGAACCUGCAAAGUGACAAGCAGAGCAUCGACGAUGUCUUCUAUCCAGCUGUGAAAGCGCAAUUGAAAGAGUUUUUCAAGAAGUAUACUAGUGGUAUUAUACACUUUUCAAACUGUUGCUAUGGAUUUUGGUACUCGAGGUUGACUAGUUGCUACUACUACUUGGAUCCCUACCAAUGCGAUAAAAAGGGAAAGCGCGUGGAUACCCGUGGUCGUACCGCCGAUAACGGUUUCGGUUGUCUGUGCGUCUUUGCAAGUAUUUGCAAUAUGGCCAAACAGAUGUGCAUCAAUCACUUCGAAGAAACGACAGGAUUCUUCAUCCAUCGGAUCCACGUGGAGGCUGUGAAUCCAUCCACUUACGAAGAAUUCCAGGAGGAUCCUGUCUGGAACUAUCUGGACUACCACUGGAGUUACAGACACGCGACACAUCUGAUAAGCCAUAGGAGCACAAAGAGCAAAAAGCUGAAUACCGAGCAAGAUCCUAUAAUGGAGGAGAAGCCCAUGCUAAAAAACUACCUUUUAGAAGUACCAAACAUGAUUUUCUCGCUUUGGGGUAGCGUGGGUGCUUUCUACACUAAAUUCGAAACUAGAGCUGGGAAGAACCAAGCGGCUAUCGGAGUCGUCGCCCUCGCAUUGCAGAACAUUUGUCAUCCUUCUGAGUGGGACUCCGUGAUUUUGGAUUCGGCUGUCAUCUGUGGGGAUCAUUUUUACAAGGAGAGUCGAAAAACUUGCUCAGAGUACUGCAACAAGUUUAGCCUUCCCGAGUGCCUCAAGAUACCUCCCCACCUCUGGAGUCUCGAGUUUGCUUCGGACAUGUGCGGCGUGCUCUACGGAAGUAAGAAAAACCCGAAUCUAGCCACUCGCGUCAACCAGGGAUUCGAAAAGUCGCCAAAUCUGUUCAUCCAGUGUGGGAGGAAGAUCUUGACAGCCAUCCGUACCACCGACGCCCUUUACGCGAUCGACUCAUCGUGGACUGGACCACCUCUUUUCUCGAGAGGUCGCGGAGCCAUAUAUGCCAUCAGAUGCGUGAACGUCAAUACUCUGGUCUACGUCCUCAUGAAAAUGUUUAAUACCAACCGGAAAUUGGAGUUCGCGAUAACGCCGGUGAAGCUCACUUACAGGCAGGAGGUGGUGUGCCGCUCUAGUGACUCCAAGUCCGGAAAGAAGUUAUUGGAAAAGACCGUACGUUCCACGCCGGGCUUAGCUGUUAACCACCCGAGUCUUGUCGCCGGCAGCGAGACCGUCGCAGACGAGGACUCCUAUUUGUGUUACAGUAGAAACUUGCUGCUGGGUCUGGAGCACGGAGAUGAGUACGAAAAUCCACCGGAGCUGCGUCGCAGCUCGAAAGCGGACACCAGAUCUUCUUCUGGAGUAAGGAAGAAGAGGAAAACCUGCAAAAAAUCGUCGAGCAGCGUCCUGCACGAGGAUGUUAGUUAUCCUCGGGUCGUGGACUUGGCGAAACUCAACGGCGAAUGCGACACUUGGAGCUGGAAUCGGGAAUUUGAUAUCAGGACCAGCUUCGUUUGCGACGAGACACGUGAUGUGUUCAAUAGUUAUAAUGAACAGAUGCAGAAGGACGUUUACAAGACAAUAAAGCAUCGCAACGCGGAAGGUUGUCAGGCAGCUGCUUUUGGAGAUAAGGAUUACAAUGGUCCAACAAUGUCAAAGACUUCUGUGAGGAUCACGGAUUUGGCUGAGGGUGACGAAGGCGAAGGUGAUAAAGUGGGAAUGAAUGACAACGAGGAGUUUGUAAAGGUGAGGAAAGUAUUAGGAGUUAAGUAA